CCACAGAACUCCCAGCGCCAUCCGAAGGAAAGCGGGGCGGUUUCCAAACGCUGAGGAGUCGUUUGUUUGAUGAAGGCAAAUUCUAUUUGCGUUCCACCUGGGAACAUUGCAGCGCCAGCCCGGGCAGGGGCAGGAGCUGCUGGCCCAGCCCCGUCCCUCUGGUGCCCGGUGGGAUCGCUGGCACUGCCGCUCCUGCUGCACUAUCCCCGUGCUCCUGCUGACUCCCCUGCUUCCCAGCUCGGUGCUCCAUCCCUUCCUCCUCCUCCUCCUCCUCCUCCUCCUCCUCCUCCUCCUCCUCGCCGAGCCCGGGCAGGCUCUAAUCCCCGCAGACUCGGAGCUGAGCGGGAGCAGCCAACAGGAGUUGCUUUGUCUGUGCUGACUUGGCGUUCCCUGCUUCCACUCUGGAGGAGAUGGGGCGCAAGGAAGAGGACGACAGCAGCUCCUGGAAGAAGCAGACCAGCAACAUCCGCACAACCUUCAUUUUCAUGGAGGCCCUGGGAUCAGGUGCCUUCUCAGAGGUUUUCCUGGUGAAGCAGAAGAGCACUGGCAAGCUCUUUGCUCUGAAAUGCAUCAAGAAGUCUCCUCUCAACAGGGACAGCAGCUUGGAGAACGAAAUAGCAGUGCUGAAAAAAAUAAAGCACGAAAACAUUGUGACUUUAGAAGAUAUUUAUGAGAGCACAACCCACUUCUACCUGGUCAUGCAGCUGGUGUCUGGGGGAGAGCUGUUUGACAGGAUCCUGGAGCGAGGCGUCUACACGGAGAAAGAUGCGAGCCUGGUGAUCCACCAGGUCCUGACAGCUGUCAAGUACCUCCACGAGAACGGGAUCGUGCACCGGGACCUGAAGCCUGAGAACCUCCUUUACCUCACCCCCGAAGAGAACUCCAAAAUCAUGAUCACGGAUUUUGGCUUGUCGAAAAUGGAGCAGAACGGGAUCAUGUCCACAGCCUGUGGGACUCCAGGAUACGUGGCCCCCGAGGUGCUGGCCCAGAAGCCCUACAGCAAAGCCGUGGACUGCUGGUCCAUCGGGGUGAUCACCUACAUCCUGCUCUGUGGGUACCCCCCUUUCUAUGAAGAAACUGAAUCCAAACUCUUUGAAAAGAUUAAGGAAGGCUACUACGAGUUUGAGUCUCCGUUUUGGGACGAUAUCUCCGAGUCAGCCAAGGAUUUCAUCCGACAUUUACUGGAGAAGAACCCAAGCGCGAGGUUCACCUGUGAGGAAGCCCUGCGGCACCCGUGGAUUAAUGGAAAUACAGCCCUUCACCGUGACAUCUACCCAUCUGUCAGUGCUCAGAUCCAGAAAAACUUUGCAAAGAGCAAAUGGAGGCAAGCCUUCAACGCUGCGGCCGUCGUGCACCACAUGAAGAAGCUGCACAUGAGCGGCCACGGGGCAGCUGAGAGCUCUGUCCCUGUCACAGAGACCUCAGAGCCCCCCAGACCCAGCAGCCCCACGGGGACCCCCCCGCCAGCAGCGCCAAGCGGUGACAAGGACACAGCGCAGGGCCCCUCACAGGGGUACCCAAACCCACCCACUCAGCCCGAGCAGGACACAGGAAUGGGCGAGGAAAAGCUGCCAAGCCCCCCGGAGGAGGGACCCCUGCCCAGGGACAGCAGCCUGGCCCUGCCGGACACCCACAGCCCCCCGGAGGAGGGACCCCUGCCCGGGGACAGCAGCCUGGCCCUGCCGGACACCCACAGCCCCCCGGAGGAGGGACCCCUGCCCGGGGACAGCAGCCUGGCCCUGCCGGACACCCACAGCCCCUCGGGCAGGAGCUCCUGCGGCUGCAGCCCCUCCUGUGUGGGCCACGAGAGGACAAAGGUGUCCUCCUGCUCCGAGACAGCGCUGCCCAAAAAGUCUUCAAAAUCCCAUCAUUUCAAGUCAGAGGUUCUUGUUCCAAUGAAAACCAGUAAACACUCAUCUCACUGUGGCACUGGGCAAACUGGAGUUUGUUUGAUCAUGUGAUGGAGGCAGCCACCUGGUCAGAGAACCAGAAGGGCUCUUUUUUCUGCACUUCAGAGCCAGACACCGCCAGUGUGAGCAGGAAAGGAGGCUCUGCCCCCCAGCAGCUCUCGGAGAGCAGUGACCAGCUGGGGACAGGGGCACAGUAGUGCCAGGAAUCCAUCGCUGCAGUGGCCUCGAGGUGUUUCUGGAUCAUCAUAGCUGGGAGGAGGCACGGGAAGGUCUGAGGCUCCUGCUCCCACACCCAGUGUACAUUAUCCAUAGGGCGUCAUCAGUGCUACGAGCUUUUGUUUUCUGUUUAGUUGUCAACGCACAAAUGCACUGCACAACACCAACCCCACAAACCAAAGCCAUGCAGAGCUUUACUCCGUGGCAGCUCAGCUGUUUUUACAACCCUCACCCUCUCCACUCCUUGUGCUUGGUUAGUCCCAGGCUUUGGCACUCUGGAGUUCAGCUGCCCAGCCCUCACUGCAGCUGCAACAGGAGAGAGAACCUGCUAGAAGCCUCCCUGUGUCUGACAAUAACACAGCAAGGUCUGAGUUCCGCUUCCAAGGCUGUAAUUGCACAAUGAAUACUUGCUUAAUAAAGCUGAGUUUUGUUUUCUAAA